AUGAGCGAAUUCUUCUGGAUUUGUAACUUCAUUCUCGAAGCACUGGCCUUUCUUUCCAAAUUUUUCUCCUCCUUUUCUGUGCGCUUUCUGGUGUCGCUUGGAUUCGUUCUUCCCUUGCCCGGCGGCGAGGCUCGGUUGUUGGAUCCGGCAGAGGCGGCAUUGCCGGAUCCCCCGGCGCCAGAGCAGCUGCCGGCCUGCUGCAGGGGAAUCGUGAUGGAUUACUCGGCCGAGAUGCUGAAAUUGGGGGACUUGCUUUUCGGGCUGUUCUCGGAGGCUCUGGGCCUGGAUCCGGCCCACUUGAAGGAGAUGGGCUGCUCGGAGGGAUUGGGGAUCGCGAGCCAUUACUAUCCGGCCUGUCCCCAGCCGGACCUCACCUUGGGGAUUGCCCGCCAUUCGGAUCUCGGUUUCGUCACGGUUCUUUUGCAGGAUCACGUCGGGGGUCUUCAGGUUUUUCGUCGGGAUCGUUGGGUCGAUUUCCCUCCGACGCCGGGGGCUCUGGUUGUCAAUGUCGGCGAUAUGUUUCAGCUAAUCUCCAACGAUAAAUUUAAAAGCGUGGAACACAGGGCACUAGUCAGAAGUGUUGGACCAAGAGUAUCAGUUGCUGCAUUCUUUGGUAAUGAGGGACUAUCGACUUCAAGAAUAUAUGAACCCAUAAAAGAGUUGUUAUCGGAAGAUGAUCCUCCGAAAUAUCACGGCAUCACAGUUCGUGAUUUCUUUUUUCGAUCCUUUCAGAAGGGCAUUGAUAGUAGUUCGAUUCUGUCUCGGCUUAAGCGUUGAAAAUGGUGCCAUUGAGCACAUUUUGGGAGUGUGUUGGUGCACAUGAAUGAUCUUCAUGGAGCGUCGAGUAAUACACACUUAUAAUUAUAAAGAGACGAAAAGGUUCUCUACACUUUGUCAUUUCUAAUUCUCUUUGUUCUAUACUUUUUAUUUCGUCGAACCUUUAGCGUUUGUGUUUGACACUACCGAGUGAGAGUGAUUCUAUCAUAAUUCAUGCGAACGCUAAUAAAUUUUGUUG